GUCUGGCGCGCAGUGGCAGAGACCCACCAAGAGUUUCUGCGGCCCGGCUGGGACAGUUAUUAAGCUGCCGGGAAGACUACACCAACAGGCGGGUCGCUAGAGUCGUCGAUUCGAAAAGACUCGACGGACAAAACUCUUUCACCCUUGGAUGGAAGCGGACGGUUUCGUGUCCCGGCGAGCGUCCGUGGAAACACCGGGCGUCGACAGCCGGGUCAAAGGCGCUGCAGCCGGGGCAGAGUUUCGAUGGCUGGGCAGCAGGGUCAUGGACGCCACGGGAGGAUUUGUCGGGUCUCUUUCACCAAGAAUGGCAGGGGAACAGGACUUUGCCCCGAUGUUGCAUCGAGCAACUCCGGAGACUUCGACCUCUGUCGAGCCAGAAAUAGACUAUGAGGGACUGCCUCAGGGAGUAUCCACCAGCACUCACAUGCUGGCAGGGUCCGUGGCUGGAAUCAUGGAGCACUGCCUUAUGUACCCAAUCGACUGUGUCAAGACCCGAAUGCAGAGCCUCCACCCCGAGCCAGGAGCACGCUACAGGAACGUGAUGGACGCCCUGCGGCAGAUUGUGCGGACCGAGGGCGUGUGGCGGCCGAUCAGAGGCGUGAAUGUGCUGGCAGUGGGGGCAGGGCCUGCCCACGCUCUCUACUUUGCCUGCUAUGAGAAGAUCAAGUUCUCGCUCAGUGACGCCAUUCAUCCUGGCGCCAACAGCCACUUUGCUAAUGGUGUGGCAGGCUGCAUGGCCACAGUGCUGCACGAUGCCAUCAUGAACCCAGCUGAAGUUGUGAAACAGCGAAUGCAGAUGUUCAACUCUCCUUACCGUGGCGUGCUUGACUGUAUGGGGUCUUUGUUGAGGCAGGAGGGCCCAGCCGCUUUCUACCGCAGCUACACCACCCAGCUGACAAUGAAUGUGCCCUUCCAGGCACUCCACUUCAUGACCUACGAGUACCUCCAAGAGCUCCUCAACCCCCACAGACAGUACAACCCUUCUUCCCACGUUGUGUCUGGUGCGCUGGCUGGAGCGCUGGCCGCCGCUGCCACCACUCCCCUCGACGUCUGCAAGACCCUCCUCAACACACAGGAGGCUCAGGCCAUACAUGUGAUCCAGGCUGACGCCACCACGGCAGGUGGAGCGGUUGGAGCAGCCACUGCGUCAGCCUCCGGCAGCCGGCACAUCUCCGGACUGGGCAAGGCUUUUCGGACGGUGUACAGGAUGGGAGGCAUGCCAGCCUUCUUCAAAGGCGUUCAAGCCCGGAUCAUCUACCAGAUGCCCUCCACAGCCAUCAGCUGGUCCGUCUACGAAUUCUUCAAAUACAUCAUCACCAAGCGCCAGCAUGAGAGACGGCUGCGUGGAGAUCGUGAUGCAGACAAAUAAACACCUGGCAGAAGAAUUGGGUAUCAACAACACAGAAGUUUAUUGCACCGUACCAGUCACUGGUGUCAGAAUUGAUUUCUAAACAUCUGAUGGCUUGAAUCUUAGAUUCUCUGAGCAAAAAGUCAACUUAUUUUGUUCACUGAGACCAAUUAAGCGCGUGUGGUCUGAACUAGUUCAUAGCAGGUGAGAAGAUGUAAAACUGUUAGGAGACAACUUGUCUUGAAUACUUAAUUAUUACAUGUAGGGCUGACAAGAUGUCCUGUAAUACCAGUUGGUAAGAAAAGCUCCAUAAAGUUGUAGACAGGAAGGCCUGGUUCCCAAGACUCGACCUACUAAAUUCUGAUGCUUGAACUAUUUUUCAUAUUAGUGUUCAACUUGACAAACUCCCUGUACUGGCUUUCAAAAAGCCAGUUAUUUAUGGAGCGUUACACAUAGUAAAAGUUAAGUUGAAUUUCAAACGAAUUGCUCACUUCCCUCAACCACCCACAGUGCAGUUUGUUAGCGUUGUUAGAAAGUUUUGUUUUGGCUCAAACUCAAGUACAUUUUAAUAAAUAAAAUCCAUGACUCUGAGGUUAAAGUGUUGACUUGGAGCUUUAACUUGAGUGUUUACAUUCACUUCCAAUUAUAACUGUAGAAAUUGUUGCAUUUGUUUUUAUACAUAGCACCCAAAAGGAUAUACAGGCUAGAGGUUCUGCACUAAUAAGAAAAAAUACCCUUAAACCUGAAAGUCAGCACUUUAACCUCAUAGUUAGAAUGUGUCUGAGUCCAGAGCCAGGAAGACAAAAAUGUAUCUAUCCAAGUAUGUACAAACUGCCCGAAAACUGAGUUAACCCACAUCUCUUUACUGCUUGUGUUGCACUUGCAAGUAUUACUGCCAUAUUUCCUUUCACCACAGGGGGGCGCACAGCUCAUCCUGUACACUAAAGAACAACAGCAACUGUAGUUUACAGAGUCAGUAAUAUCAAAUUAGCUUCAACACUCGUGCUGAUGUACACUAACACUCAGAUGAAGGAACUACUGAGGACAGUUUAUUUUAAAUGAAACAAGGAAUUACAUGAAAUUACUCAAUUCCCUCUUUCAUGUGAGCAAGACAGCCCGUAAUUUAUUGAUUGUUUUAGAAAGUGCAAGUCAGUUUUGGAUGGAAAAUACUAAAGUAUUCAACACUCGAGUGGAACAUGUAUGAGCGUGUGUGUACGUGCCUCUGUGUUACUGAAUUUCCACUCAUUCACUAUAUCUUAGAACUCAGCAGUGACUGACUGACCAGAUUUGAUCUCCACACGGCCUAACUGAGCUAUCUACCUUGUGCUGUCCUUCAAAGGAAAAACACAGAAACAUUAAGUAAAGAUGGGUCAAAAUAACUCAGCUUUUUGUAUUCUCAGUUAGCAUUAGACCACAGUAAGAUGUCUUUGAAGGACAGUAUGAGAAAGGUUCUUGCAUUUAACUCUUUCAUAUUGUCAUUUCAGUAUGUUUGCACCGAAUGCUUUCAAAUCACGCACAUCUGAAGGCUUCAUAUCGUCUCUGGACGGAGCCAUUAAAGUGGCUUACACAUGGAGACCGAUGCUGGUGAAUUUUUCAGUCACAUCUUUCAACAUGUUCAACGUACGUAAGGUGCCAUAUAUUGCACCAGUGUUAAUCAACAAAGGACUUUUAUUUUUCUCUUUUGUGCAUUUGAAGAGUUUUGGAACAAGAAUCUUUCAUUGCAGGCGGCAGGAAACAGACAUUCAGCUGUGUUCACCGUAGACAAUCACUUUUGUUUAGUUUUAUUUAGUUUGUUGUUUUUUUUUUAAAAAACCACACAGCGUCCUAGCACUUAACAGCAACCUCUUUAUCAUUGUUAGGACAAAACUGGAAACUCUGACCUUAAAACAAGUGCAGAGAAUAAAGUCGAAUUACUUGUACACAUGCCUUCAGUAUGCCGCCAUAUAUCCAACGCACAACUACUACAAAGAGAUCCUCAGAUGUAAUAUUGUUUUAUGAAGCCAUAAAAUAGGUUAAAUUGUACAUAAAAUAUAUAUAAAAAUAUGGACAAAUAUAGAUAAACCCAAACUGUUUAACCAGCUAGGUUUUGAAGCCAACCUCUAUGUUGAAUAAUACAAGUAUGAAACAAGUUUUAUCAAGAUUGCGCUGUGAAAAAUCAGGUUUUUGUUGAACGCGCACAAAAUCCUCACCGGGAAGGUAGCAAAAAAAACCUGGAUUAUUUUAAAUUCAGACACACUAUAUGUGUGAGAGGGGAAAACAUGAAUGGGUAAAGAGUAUUUAAAAGGAUUGUAGGAGUGUUCCUCAAAUUUCAAGAUUGGGAAACCAAAGACAGCAAUAGAGAGCGCAGCAGAGGAACUGGUGGUUUGUCGACACUGAUGUGAAAAGCCUGAACACUGUUUGAGAGCGACACCUGUAUUUUGUGAAUUGUAAAUAAACUCGCUAAGGCAGCUCCUCGCAGAAGCAGGGUCUUCUCUUGGUGCUGGCUCUCCAAGCGCUGAGAGAA